AUGCAAUCGACAGACUUUAUUCAGAGCACCGAUUUGGACGCCAUUGGCGCCGCUGCCGGUGCUUUGAGCAUCAUCAGUGAAGUUCAAAACACCGACAUCGGUCCCUUGGACGACUUUGUCGGCAAGCAUUUGGGGAGCAGCCAUCAGGUCGUCGAUGAUGAAAUCUUUGACGGCUUUGGUGAUAGCGACACGGAUGCUGGUCGACCUUAUUGCCGAGCCAAAACUCACCUUUGGUCACCUUUGUGCUCUCUCUACCAGCGUCGCUCCGAGUCCGUCAGCAGCUUUGGAUCGACCAACAACAAUGCGUCCAUUGUGGUCACCCGCCGACGCAGCUCAAGUGGAGCCGAGACCCGUCGCCGCCAGCUCAAGCGUCGCUCGUCCUCCCUAAGCGGUCUCAAGCACGAUGUCGUAUCCGAACUCAACUCCUCCCGUCAAACCCCUUCCUCGUUGGAUUAUCGACUCCCGAAAAAAGUUGAAGACUACGAAUGCCUGCUUGAUCCCGAAAUUAUCCUCCAGGCAUGCCACGACAACGCCACCUGCCCAAGCCUGGGGCUCGCUGCCCAGGUGUCCACGCCCAAUGAAAACACGCCAACUGAGCUGAUUGAGCGCAUUGCUGCCGCCCCCUCACUCAACAAAGUGAUCAAACGUCGCAGCAAGCCUUCGCGCAAGAGCACCAAAACCACUCAUCCCAUGCGCGAUCGCGAAUCAACAAGCUCAUUCCAAGUCAUUGACGAAUUGAUUGAGUUUGUCGAAUCCACCACAGUACCCUUGGACGAAGUAGAUCAUCUUGGUCGAACGGCCAUCUUCAUGGCAGCGGAAAAGAACUUGGCCGACGUCAUCCACGCGCUCGCCAAGCGAGGCGCGUCCGUCAAUAAAGCCAAUACCCUCGCCCUUUUGAUUUCUGGUCGCUGCAAUAUCAACCUACGUGUUGCCGAGGGUGCCGAGACGGCCUUGAUUCAUGCAUUGCUCUUCAAGUCGUCGUACGAUUUGCAUGCUUCCAUCAAGGUGCUCACACCUUUUUGCCCCGACCUCAACGUGCGCAUGGAAGAUGGCAUGCAUGCCAUCAAGGCAGCCGUCCUCCGCCACGUGCGGGCCAACGACACCCUGGCACUCCUCUUGACCUCUACCAGCCUGCCGGCUGUGCAAGGCAGCAUUUUAAAUGAGCCCGUUGAAAUCAAAACCAAGAGCAAGACCCCUGUCUAUUGGUUUUUCGAUGCCAAGAGCUAUGAUGCUACCUUUGGUCUCUUACAGCUCGGCGCUGAUCCAUCGGAGCGAGCUGCCGACACGGAUCCCAUGCUCCAUCGCGCCAUAUCGGCUCGGCGCCUCGACAUUGUUUUGAUGCUUCUGGAAGCCGCGUCCAGCUACAAGAACUCUGGCCUGCGCCAUGAAGCCAACCGCCUCGGUUUUCAUCCACUCAUUUGGACAUGCCUUGAUCUGGAUCCACUUUUUGUGCGCACCGUCGUCAGCGCGUACACUCGUCUGGGUGAAGAGAUCGUCGACGUCCGCGUGCCAGACGUUCCCAAAUUUCCCAAGGGCGAAAGUCACAUGAGCCCCAACAACUCACUCCUCAUGGAGCUCACCCGUCGAGGCUUCGUGGAAGCUGCCUUUGUCCUUCGGGACUAUUACCGAGAACAAGAGAUUCCUUUUGUCCAGACUGCUUCGGAAGAACCUACGGCUCGAGAAGUGAACAUCAACGAGCAAGAUGGGCUCGGCCGCUCACUUGUCUGGCACGCAGGCUGUCGCUUCUAUCGCUGGAGUCGCGUUGCUUUGUUGGAAUGGCUGUUGGAUGAGGGAGCUGAUGUGCACUUGGCAGACGCCGAGGGUGUCACGCCGUACAUGGCAGCGGCUCGCAACAACAACGUUGAAGGCCUUUUCCGCUUGGUCAACGUCCCAUGCCGCUACGAUGCAAAUGUGCAAUGGCAGCCUCCAGCCCAUCGCAGCACACCGCUGACGACCGAGCAGGUCAACUCAAGGGAUGGACGUGGACGUACCAUGCUUUGGUAUGCCUGUCUUCACCAAAACGUGAUCAUGGUCCACUAUCUCCUGCGUUACUGCGCGGCCGAUCCAAACAUUAAAUGCGACAAGGGCCGAACUUGCAUCUUCCUUGCAACACGCAAUGUCAAGCGUGGCAACUGGCCGCUGGUUAAACUUUUGCACAACUGUGGAGCACACUUGGACGUGCGCGACAGCAAGGGGCUGCAUCUUGCAGACUAUGCUUUCAUGACGGAAUUUGAGUAUGAGGAUCGCCCCAUGGUAGAUUUGCUUUUGGCCAACGACGCGUUCAACCCGUGCUUGGCUGUGUCAGCGCUGAUUGCCGUCGAAACAGCCCAUGAAGAUGACUACGCUGCUGCCUGGGAUGGCAUCAAGCACGGCUUUUGGUCAGCCAUGGGAAUCAUCCUACCCGGCACCGGCCCCCUGUGGGAUAAGUGGUGCCGCACCGACCGUCCUCUCUUCAAUGCCUACGCUGUGGCCUGCGCCAAGGUACCCUAUGCCAAAUAUCGCAUCCUGGACCGGGCCGAGGCCAUGUACGAGGGCCACGGCGAUUUGCUAGCCUCGGAGCGCAAAGCAAAAGCCGCUACAGCAGGCAUGAAGUUUAGCGCCUUUCUGCUCAAAAUGGGUCUGUCGGGUGCCAUGAGCAUGGCAGGCGUCGGAGACAUUGGGCUGGAUGGUGCGUUGGGUGGUCUCUUGGACUCUGCCCUUGAUGCUGCCUUUGAGCUCAUGGGUGAGUAUGGCGAGACGCUCAGUGAGGCUUGGAAUACCUUUCAAGAGCUGGGCGGCGAGGAUGCCAUCCAAGCUAUCUUGGGUGGCAGUCGUCGUCACAAUCCAUCCGCCCACAGUGCCAGCGGCUGGUUUGGCGAGGCUGCCGUCUCGCAAACGUUCAAGGGAGGCAAAUACGAGAAAGAGAUCAAGACGUUAAAGGAGCCAAAGGUCAAGAAGACCGAGCUGCGCAAGCUGCGUAUUGGUGAGCGUAUUUACGACCCGGCCACGGGUGACACCCUCUACGUGUGCGACACUUACCGCCAGGACAAGAAGCGCCGGUACCUCACGGCAACCAUGAAGUUGGCUGCACUUUGCACGCAGCCCAUGGAGCUUUCCUGGGGCAUUGUCAUCGAGGAUAAGCGCGUCCAAAGUCUCGAUGUUGAUGCGCCCAAGCCCCGUGGACUCCUCAAAUUUAGUGCCCGACUGUUUCCUGAGCAAGAGAAGCUUGUUGUGACGGUGCACGAAGCGACGGAGGUUAAAGCCUCCAAGAAAAGCCCGUUUGUGGUGGCACGCUUCCUGUAUACGCGACCAGUGGACAAGCGGGCCAAGCAGAUCAAGGGCAAGGACAUGCGAACCGAGGUCGAUCCCGAGAAAAAGUGGGAGCACACCUUUACCUACUUUGGCAUUGCCCCCGAUGUGGUUCAGCAAGACUACCUCCUGCUUGACUUGCGAAAUGGCAACGCGCGCAAGCCCGUGGGCAGUGUGGCUAUCCCACUCAAGGAGCUGGCUCUGACUGAAUUUACCGAGGUGGUGCUGGCCCUUGAGCGUGAGGCUGACUUUGGCGAGGAUGAGGAAGACGCAAAUGACGAUGAUUUGCCGGAUAACACAUCCAGCUACGCAUUCAUGCCCAAGCUCCAGCAAGAUUUGAUUGACAUUGUCGACUCUCGCUUUGAGCAGGGCCCCGGCGAAUUUGGCGGCUGCCUGCCGCCUUCCCUGCCCACCGUCACCGAGCUGCAACUGCCCGUGCCGGCACAGUAUGAAGAGCUUUGGUUAAAAACUUACAACAAGAAGCUAGCACGCUACCAAGCGCGUCUUGAGCAAGUCAUUGCUACUUAUGCCAAGGAGCACAUCAAGCGGGUGGAGCAAAAGUUUCUCAAGGAUGGCAAGUACACGGAAAAGGCGCUCAUCAAGCGGCAACAACGAUACCGCAAUCAAAUGAGCAAGGCGCGAAACAAUGCGGUCAAGAAGUCGGGGCUUGUCCUUUCACAGUCGACAGCGGACGAUCAGACGCGGCGCGAGGAAGAGAUGGCGUCAUCGCGCAUUUCGGAUGAAGUCAAGCUCCGCCAAUAUCUUGCGGCUUCAACGGCCGCGCGCCUGCACACGGCGUGCCUGUUGGCUUUGCACCAGCAUGUGCUCAAGCUGAGUCGCAAGCUGUCGGGUAUUACUCACCGCCUGGUGGAACAGGUGUGA